AUGGUGGAAGCUUCUGGGUUUGUUAGAAGUGUUCUGCCUUUCAAGUACCUAGGGGUACCUAUUUGUUCUAAAAAGAUUUCUGCAGGCAAAUGUGAUGUUUUGGUGGACAAAAUGACAGCAAGGAUUAAAAUGUGGAGCACUAGGAAUCUAUCCUACACUGCAAGAAUGCAGCUUAUUAAUUCAGUGCUAUUGAGCUUGCAUAUGUAUUGGGCUCAGGUUUACAUUCUUCCUAAGAGUGUACUCCUUGAUAUUACCAGAAUAUGUAGGGCAUUUUUAUGGAGUGGACAAGCAUACAGUAACAGGCCAAGUAACAUAGCUUGGGAAAAGGUUUGCUCUCCUAAGCAGGAGGGUGUAUAUCUCAAGGAUGGGGAUUGGUGGGAAUACCAACCUAAUGCUUCUGCAAGUUGGUAUUGGAGAAGAAUUUGUGCAGCAAGGGAUCAGUUGAAGCAAGUGUACUCUCAGAAUGAUCUUAAAAACAUGACACACUAUUCUGUGAAGCAGGUAUAUGGUAAGCUAACUGGUGAUAAACCUCAUAUUCAGUGGGAUAAGGUCGUUUGGAAUAGAUUGAAUGUGCCAAAACACAGUCUGCUGUGUCUGCAAGGCCUUACUGAAUGGCUUGGUAUUCAGAUUACGGGUACAAGCUUGCAGAAUGUAAUUAGUAGUAUUAAAAGGAAGAGGUUUUCUAAAUUUAGAACUCAAGUAUGGUAUGCAGGUGUGGCAGCUCUGGUUUAUCUGAUCUGGAAAAGCAGAAACCAAAGUUUCUGGGAACACUCUGUGCCAACGAGGACUAUGCACCCUUGUCAACAAUAUAAAUUGCGAUUUUAUUUCCAUAAGUUACCGAUUUUCAAGAACUUCCGCCCCAAAGCAGCCUCAAAGGGGUCUAAAACUGUUAUCGCUGAUUUUGUUCCAGUUGGUAUCUACCCGGUUGAGAAUGGUGCCAAAUUGAAUGAUCGUUUAACACUGAAACAAUUGCUAUAUUAA